GUCACGUGGUGGGGCACCAAGCCUAGCCUGUCCCUGAUGCUGCCGCGCGGUAUUCGUCAUGGAGCCGGCGCCUCGGUCCCCUCCUGUACCACGGUGGCUGCUGCUGCUGCCGCUGCUGCUGGGCCUGAGCGCGGGAGCUGUCAUCAACUGGCCCACAGAGGAGGGCAAAGAAGUAUGGGACUACGUGACUGUUCGCAAGGAUGCUUACAUGUUCUGGUGGCUUUAUUAUGCUACCAACCCCUGCAAGAACUUCUCAGAAGUGCCCCUGGUCAUGUGGCUUCAGGGCGGACCGGGUGGUUCCAGCACUGGAUUUGGAAACUUCGAGGAAAUUGGGCCCCUUGACAGUGAUCUCAAACCUCGAAGAACCACCUGGCUACAAGCUGCCAGUCUCCUGUUUGUGGAUAAUCCUGUGGGCACCGGGUUCAGUUAUGUGAACAGCAGUGACGCAUAUGCCAAGGAUCUCGCUACAGUGGCUUCAGACAUGAUGGUUCUGCUGAAGACCUUCUUUGAUUGCCACAAAGAAUUCCAGACAGUUCCAUUCUACAUUUUCUCAGAAUCCUAUGGAGGAAAAAUGGCAGCUGGCAUUGGUCUCGAACUUUAUAAGGCCGUUCAGCAAGGGACCAUCAAGUGCAACUUUUCUGGGGUUGCUUUGGGUGAUUCCUGGAUCUCCCCUGUUGAUGCGGUGCUCUCCUGGGGACCCUACCUGUAUAGCAUGUCUCUUCUUGAAGAUGAAGGUCUGGCAGAGGUGUCUCAGGUUGCAGAGCAGGUCCUGGAUGCCAUAGAAAACGAGAAAUACAAAGAGGCCACUCAGCUGUGGGGGAAAGCAGAAAUGGUCAUUGAACAGAAUACAGAUGGAGUGAACUUCUAUAACAUUUUAACUAAAAGCACUCCCAUGCCUGCAAUGGAGUGGAGUCUAGAAUUCACCCAGAGCCACCUACUUCGUCUUUGCCAGCGCCACGUGAGACACCUACAAAGAGAUGCCUUGAGUGAGCUCAUGAACGGCCCCAUCAGAAAGAAGCUGAAGAUUAUUCCGGAGGAUCAAUCCUGGGGAGGCCAGGCUGCAAACGUCUUCAUGAACAUGGAGGAGGACUUCAUGAAGCCGGUCGUUGACAUUGUGGACAAACUGCUGGAGGCUGGGCUCAAUGUGACCAUCUAUAAUGGGCAGCUCGAUCUCAUCGUCGACACCAUGGGUCAGGAGGCCUGGGUGCGAAAACUGAAGUGGCCAAAACUGCCCAAAUUCAACCAGCUGAAGUGGAAGGCCCUGUAUAGCGAUCCUAAAUCUCCAGAAACAUCAGCUUUUGUCAAGUCCUACGAGAACCUGGCUUUCUACUGGAUUCUAAGAGCUGGUCACAUGGUUCCCUCUGACCAAGGGGACAUGGCUCUGAAGAUGAUGAGGCUGGUGACUCAGCAGGAAUAGGAUGGACUGGGCUUUAGCUGAGCUGGUUUGACCUCCGGCAUAGGAGCCGAGCCGAGGACCCUGAAGCUGUGGGAAGCACCAUUCUUCCCUGAAUCUAACCAACCUGGCCUGCAAUCCAGAAGGUUCCUGCCCACCUACCAGCUUCUGCAGAGGUUAAAAUCAUUACCUCUGGGGCAGCUUGAAAGUCAUUUCUGCUUCUUAAAAAACCUAUACAAUUUUUAAAAUGAGAUUUGUUUUAAUCAAAAUGUGGGAUAAUAGGUUAACUUUUUCUUACUACAAAAGCAAAUGCUUUAGCCAGGCAUUGUGGCGGGCGCCUGUGGUCCCAGCUACUCGGGAGGCUGAGGCAAGAGACUCGCUUAAGCCCAGGAGUUAGAGGUUGCUGUGUGCUGUGAUGCCACGGCACUCUACCAAGGGUGACAAA